AUGAAGUUUCAUCUCUUUUUCUUUUUUCUGCUCUUUUGGGCCACAAUAUUAACAGCCAGAAGUUAUCUUGCCAUCAAGUAUAGAAUAGAGAGAUGUGAAAAAGUGCGAGGAAUGUGUAAGACCUUCUGUGAUAUUGAUGAAUAUGACUAUGGAUACUGUAUCAGAUGGAGGAACCAGUGCUGCAUUUAAACUACCACACAGAAGUACUACUAACUGUCCAUUCCAGAAAAGAAGUGCAUUGAUGCCCAACUCAAGUGUUCAUCCGUGCACACACCAUUAAGUUUAAGAACUGAGAAGUAAACUGUUGUAUAACCACACUGGAAUAUAUAUUUUCCUACAUCUUUUGAAGAAUAGCUACAUUGUUUUUAAUAUUUUGUAUUGUAAUAAAAGUGAUAUGAAUAUUUU